AUGUCAAGAAAAAGGGGUAGAAACGUCCUUCUAAGCAUUCGUUGGUCUUCUGCUGGAGCUACUUGGUAUGGUAGCCCUAAUGGAGCUGGUAGUGAUGGAGGUUCCUGUGGAUAUGGAGCUGCAGUUUCACAAUCUCCGUUGUCUUCAAUGGUUACCGCCAUAGGUCCAUCGCUAUACAAGUCUGGCAAAGAAUGUGGAGCCUGUUAUCAGGUGAAAUGUACGAAACAUCCAUCGUGUUCUGGGAAGCCAGUUAGAGUGGUAAUAACAGAUUUUUGCCCUGGAGGUCCAUGUGUGUCUGAAUCAGCUCAUUUUGAUCUCAGUGGUACUGCCUUCGGUGCCAUGGCAAUUGCAGGUCAAGAUGACAAACUUCGUGAUGCUGGAACCUUAGAAAUCGGAUUUGCAAGGGUUCCAUGUGACUACUCAGGAAAAAACAUAGCAUUCCAUGUAGACCCGGGGUCAAACUCCAACUAUAUUGCAGUUGUGGUGGAGUUUGAAGACGGAGACGGUGAUCUAGCCAGAGUAGAUUUAAAGGAAGGUUCGACUGAAUCUAACGAAGAAUGGAGGGAAAUGCAACAAUCAUGGGGUGCAGUCUGGAAGCUUGAUGCUGGAGCACAACUUCAUCCUCCAUUUUCUAUCCGAUUGACAUCUCAGUACUCGGGCAAAACCCUGGUCGCAAAGAACGUGAUUCCUGAUGGAUGGAAGCCUGGCACAACUUAUAGAUCUUUGAGGUUCUGUGUGACCAUGGAGCUGGCUCGCCUAAUAAAAAAACUCGAGAUCUUGGGCUACCUGUUCAACCAUAUAACACCAGUUGUCCUGGGAGCACUCACUACAAGAGCAGCUGCAGCAACAACAACAACCGAAAUGGUCAAAGCUAUCAGGGUUUAUGAGCAUGGUGGACCUGAGGUCCUGAAGUGGGAAGAUGUGGAGAUAGGAGAGCCAGGUCAGUGUGAGAUACGCGUGAAGAACAAGGCCAUUGGGCUUAACUUUAUUGAUGUCUACUUCCGCAAAGGAGUUUAUAAGGCUUCCACUAUGCCCUUCACUCCAGGCAUGGAGGCUGUUGGAGAAGUGAUAGCUGUGGGCCCUGGAGUUACAGAUAGAAAAGUUGGAGAAGUUGUAGCUUAUGCUGGUGGUCCUAUGGGUUCAUAUACUGAAGAGCAGAUCCUUCCUGCAAACAACGUUGUGCCUGUUCCUCCUUCCAUUAGUCCUUCAAUUGCAGCAUCCGUGAUGCUUAAAGGCAUGACUGCUCAGUUUUUACUCCGCCGCUGCUUCAAGGUUGAACCUGGACACACUAUCCUUGUUCAGGCAGCAGCUGGUGGAGUCGGGUCUCUGUUAUGUCAGUGGGCAAAUGCUCUUGGCGCCACUGUCAUAGGUACUGUCUCAACCAAGGAGAAGGCAGCACAAGCGAAGGACGAUGGAUGUCACCAUGUUAUAAUUUAUAAAGAGGAAGAUUUUGUUGCCCGUGUCAAAGAGAUAACAUCAGGAAAUGGCGUCAAUGUUGUCUACGAUUCCGUGGGGAAAGAUACCUUUCAGGGCUCGUUGGCAUGCUUAAAGACUCGUGGCUACAUGGUGAGUUUUGGACAGUCAUCUGGGACACCAGAUCCGUUCCCAGUGUCGGUGCUUGCACCCAAAUCAUUGUUCUUGACAAGGCCCACCAUGAUGCACUAUACUGCAACCCGGGAUGAGCUGCUGGAAACUGCUGGGGAGGUAUUUGCUAACAUUGUAUCUGGCAUGUUGCGGGUUCGUGCGAAUCACACCUACCCUUUAUCUCAAGCAGCACAGGCACAUGCAGAUCUGGAGAGUCGAAAAACAUCUGGGUCUGUUGUAUUGUUACCAUAA